AUGGCGAAGAUGUCAAGUAACCACAUUUUCUCCUUAAACAAGGUGCCCAAAUCUGUAUGUAGUGAGAGUUGCCCACCUGGAACAAGGAAAGCUGUGCAGAAAGGAAAGCCAAUCUGCUGUUUCGACUGCAUACCAUGUGCUGCUGGAGAGAUCAGUAAUAUGUCAGAUUCAGUUGAAUGUGAACGGUGCCAGCAAGAUUACUGGUCAAAUGCAGACAAGAAUAAAUGUGUAAAGAAGGAAGUUGAAUAUUUGUCAUAUCAGGAAACAAUGGGAAUUUUGCUAACAGUGGUUUCUAUUGUUGGUUCAUUGAUGACAAUAGUAAUAGCAUUUAUAUUUUUAAAAUAUAAAAAUACACCAAUAGUAAAAGCCAACAACUCUGAACUGAGCUUCCUGCUGCUUGUCUCGUUGGCUCUGUGUUUCCUUUGUUCACUUACUUUUAUUGGUCAGCCCUCUGAGUGGUCCUGUAUGGUGCGUCACACAAUGUUUGGGAUCACCUUCGUCCUUUGCAUCUCUUGUGUACUGGGGAAAACCAUAGUGGUACUAAUGGCUUUCAGAGCUACACUUCCAGGCAGUAAUGUAAUGAAAUGGUUUGGGCCUCCGCAGCAGAGACUCAGUGUACUUUUUUUCACUCUCAUACAGGUUCUUAUUUGUGUGCUUUGGUUGACAAUAUCCCCUCCUUUCCCCUUCAAAAAUCUAACGCACUAUAAGGAAAAGAUAAUUCUUGAAUGCAAUUUGGGCUCAAACUUAGGUUUCUGGGCUGUGCUGGGUUACAUAGGACUUUUAGCAUUUUUAUGUUUUAUUUUAGCUUUUCUAGCUCGGAAGCUUCCAGAUAAUUUUAAUGAAGCCAAAUUCAUAACAUUCAGCAUGGUAAUGUUCUGUGCAGUUUGGAUUGCUUUUAUACCUGCUUAUGUCAGUUCACCUGGAAAAUUUACUGUAGCUGUAGAGAUAUUUGCUAUUUUAGCAUCAAGCUUUGGUUUAUUAUUCUGUAUCUUUCUUCCAAAGUGUUACAUAAUCAUGUUGAAGCCAGAGAAAAACACUAAAAAGCAAAUCAUGGGAAAGGUGCCAGUUCAAUAAAUUAAUAGUGUAAAUAUUCAUGAUUAAUAUAUAAUCCAAUAUAAACUAUA